AUGGCAUUGUCUACAAUCAUCAUCGUCACCUCCACCUCUAUCACCACCACCAACACCACCCACCGCGACCACCCACCACCACCACCUCUACCACCCACCACAGCCACCGCCUCCACCUCCACCUCCACCUCCACCACAACCACCACCUCUACCACCCACCGUCACCACUACCACCACCCACCACCACCACUACAACAUUCACCUUGA